GCUUCCGGGUCGGCAGGAGGAGAGACGGCGGGACAGACAGAGAAAAAAGAUAAUAAUAAUGACAAUAAAUACUCAUGAAUCUCAUCAUUAACAACAAUGAUCGAUUACUGAGUGAAGCCGCCUGUCUGUCGCUCGCCUGUCUGUCGCUCACCUGUCUGUCGCUCGCCUGUCUGUCGCUCACCUGGGUGACGUCAUGUCCAAACAGAAGAGUUCUACCAAAGCUCUGAUCAUCACAGACGACGAGCAGGAGGACCUGAACCCGUUCUCCUUCAGAGAGUUCCUGCGCUGGAAGAGCUUGGAACCAGAACCAGAUGUGGACCUGGAACCAGACCUGUACCCGGACCCCGACCUGUACCCGGACCCCGACCUGGACCUGGACCAGACUCACAGACAGAGGUCGUUGGAGGGCGUGACCUUCGACCCUGAGGUCGGGAGCUGUUUCUUCUCGGAGCCUUCUCUGGACCCACAGGAGGAGGAGUGGGGGCGGAGCUUGCAGUCAGGUAUGGACAGCACCUCCUCUCUCUGCACGGAGGAGGAGGCGGAGGGGGAGGAGGAAACCAGGUUCUCCUCCAGACCGGAGGCCCAGCAGGGAGCAGGAAGCUAUGAAGGUGAUGAUGAAACCUCCAUGGCUGAAGCCGUCUCCACCUGCAGGGGGAGGAGCUUACAGCAGCUGCAGGAAGAGAACCAGUGUCUGAGGAGAUCCAUCCGGGAGCUGCAGAGGAGCUCACAGGCCGACCAGCGAAGGGUGGAGCAGCUGACGGAGGAGCUGCUGCAGAGGAGGCGUCGGGAGGAGCAGGAGGCGCAGGAUCUGGAGAGCAUGGUGCACUCUGUGGAGCAGAACCUCACUCAGAUGACGAAGCGAGCAGUGAAGGCAGAGCUGUGCGUCUCUAAACUGAGGUGGGAGCUGCAGCAGCUUCAGGUGCAGAACGAAGGUCUGAAGGCGGCGGAGUCGGAGGUCGUCAUGACGAUGAGACAGAACGCUCAGGUGGCGUCUGAUUACCUGAACAAGACGGCAAGCCACGCCCACUCCUCCAUACGGCAGCUGCUGGGGGGGGCGGAGACCCUCUCUCUGGUCGCUCAGCUGCUGGCCUCCAUCGAUAGAGUUUCCUCAGAGGACUCUCCUGGAUGAAUUACCAAAAUAAAAGACUUCCUACAGACGCUUUAUUUUGAAGGUGAAGAUGACAUCACAGCUGCGAGGACUGCCGGCUUCUGAUUGGUCCGUUUAUUGGACUGAAGACACAGAGUUUUUAUAUUUAGCGUCAUUAUGGAUAACCUAUCACUGCUGCUGAGUAUUGAUGAAUCAGCAGGUCGUCUUCCUCCAGGGUCAUGUGUGUGUGCUUAGCUUAGCAUAAGACCGUUUAUAUGCUAUAUGUAGUUAGUUUAAAGGGUCCCUGUUCUUCUUCUGUGGUGUUCCCGGGGUUUUCUCUGCACCGGGUAACAGGAGCGCUGCGCCCUCAAACCAAAAUGCAGAUGUUCCUCGUAGAAUGUCAAAGUGAUGCCAGAACACAAUAUUUCUGUUCCUCAGAAACGCUACAAUUCCUCCAGAAAUCUGAGCAUCAAACAGAGCGUCCGACAGCUCUGUCUUUACGGAGCUCCGACGUCACGUUGUUGUUUACGUCACGUUGUUUACGAGACAUCUUGUUUAGGGGCGUCAUGUGAUUUAUCUUAUAAACAAGAUCAGAGACGCAGAACCCAGACUAUAUCUUUCUAGAACCCCCUCCUCUCCUGUAGUUCUAUAGGUGUUGGUGCAUGUCAAGGGUCUGCAAAGGCUAGAAUCCCUGUGUUCCCUCCAUUGGACUGAACUUUGUGACAUCACUGCGUAACACUCGCGCUCCUAUUGGCUGUGUACAUGUACAGGGUUAUAUAUAUUUGACUAAGGUAUGAAGCAGAGUUAGCGUAAAGCGUUAAAGGGCCCAUGUCAUGGCCAUUUCCACUGAUCAUAUUUCCAUUGUUGAGGUAUACUAAAAUAGAUUUAUACUGUGCAAUUUUCCAAACUCACAUUGGUU